CUUUAUUUAAUUAGGGAUACUCAAAUCAGAAACUUCAAAAUUCAUUUGAAAAAUCCAUUACAACCAGGAAAGGCAGUUUCUGUAGAAGUUGAACAUGUGUUAACACAAAGUUUGAUUCCAUAUCCUUCUCAUAUAACUCAAUCUGAAAAACAACUUGUACUAUAUCAUGGAAAUCACUAUUUUUAUUCUCCUUAUCCAACAAGGAUUCAAACAACAACUGUUACAUUAGCAUCUACUGCAAUUGAAUCCUACAGCAAGUUAAAACCAGUUUCACAUACAGAUAACAUGAUCACAUAUGGACCAUAUGAAAAUGUUGCUCCAUUUUCUUUGAAUAAAAUGACAGUUCAUUAUGAAAAUAAUAAUCCUUUCUUAACUGUAACAAAUUUGGAACGUUCAAUUGAAGUAUCUCACUGGGGUGUUAUUUCUGUUGAAGAAGUUGUGGACAUUAAACAUUCUGGUUCAGUCUUAAAAGGACCUUUUUCACGUUAUGAGUAUCAACGAGAUCAGAGUGGUUUUUCGUCAGUACGGAAUUUCAAAGUAAGAAAUAAUUACAUAAUUAAGUAUAUACAAUUGAACAUGUCUAUCUCAAAUCUUGUGGGAAUGAGAAAAAAUACAACAGAGAUUGGUUUUGAAUAUAGAGGUUCCUACAAAGUAAACAGUAAUGAGUUUGAUCAGAGGUAUGUAUUGUAUUUUAUUAAUACAACAGCAAGUACAGUAUUUAUACUAUGAUAUUAGGUAUAAAUA